AUCCCCCCACAAUUGAGCCAAACACCCCGGCCGUGGUGUGGACCAAGCCGCGUCUGCAGCUGCUGGACACGGGCGAAACAUUAAUACAAGAAGGCUGAGGUGACCAAAAGACAUCCCCAAUCGACAACCCCCCAUCCUCCCCCCCCACUUGCCCUCCUGCUGCCAUCCGCCCGAAGUUGGAAAAUACUCGUGCCAGCGAGUUGCCCGCCUAGGUACUUGUCGAGACAACCUGUUCAUCCGAUUUACGGCAUUUGCCAAACAAACGCGGGUUAGCUGUACUGUUGUACCCUGCCCGGCCCCUGGCCAUCCUCGGCCUUCCCCCGCCAUACUCCAGUUGCUGGCGCUGGCCCCUUGACGCGCCCGCGUGUGGCCCACGACGCAUCACGAGCAGCCCUCUCGUACCCGACCUUUAUAUCCCAUUCUCUCCAUCCCGGAAUCACCUUUCUGAUCCUGCUGUGUUCCCCCCGACACGCCCCCGUCGGACCCAAACCCCUCACAACAAUGAAUGUACCAGCAGCCUCGUCACCAAAGAGGCGCGUCCUCGGCCCUCUGGACGUGAACAGGUCCUCACCAGCACCACCCAUGGCGACAGGGGCCAAAUUUGCCGGCGCGGCGGCGUCGGCCUCGCCCCUGAAGCUCUCUGCCACGUCGCGUCCGACGCUGCCCACCGAGCAGGAGCAGCCACGGAAGCGGCCCUUCGCGUCAAUGGCCGGUACCGCCGCCGCCUCCCACCAACAACAACCAGUCAAGAAAGCCUGCAUGGAUCCCGAAGUCAAGGACGAGACCCCCACUUCUUCGGACGAGUCGACGCAACAAGAGCAGCCGGAGUCGAUUGAGCGCGAUGCCGAUACGAGGCAACGAUCCCCGUCUCCCGCCGAGUCCUCCGUGUUCGACAUGUCUGGUGUUGACACGACCCAGGCCACGGCACUAACAGAGCCUGACGUCGAGGACCCUGCCGCCACUUUACCAUACCCGGCACCAGCAACGUCCGCCCCAGCGCCGGCCCGACGCCCCCAGUCGCGGACAGAGGCCACUAGACAGAAGGCAGAAAUGAUCCGCCUACGACUGUCCCUGGCGGCGUACAAGGUACGGACUGGACAGACAGACGUGCCUCUCGAGCGGCUGCAGAUGAUCCGUCCCGCUUCGGCCGGCCUCUCCGGCUCAAGACCGUCAUCCGCCGCUGAGACAGCGGCGGUGCGGGCACCACACAGAUGCUCGAUUGCUUCGACAUUGUCCAGCGACAGCAGACAUGACGGUGUCUCGCCCCGCCCCGCUAUCGCCCGCGUGCAUCCUCCUCCAUUUGUCUUCAGCGUGCCUAGCGAGACGGCCCCGGCAACGCGAAGAGCCUCGGGCGACAACCAGGAGGUUCGUCGUGACCCUCCUGCGCAAGAGUCGAGGCAAGAGCAGCAGCAGGAUGAGAAGAUGCCGGCUCACCCGGGCCCCAGACUUGGUACCUUCCCUGCACCCCAGCCUCCCCGCAUACCCUCGCUGGCGGCACCGCCGCCAAUCAUGAUUCCCAGCGGUCCUGGGAGCGAGGCCGCCGCCGGCCUCAUCAGGAGUCCCCUGCGUGGGCCUGCGGCCGAUGGGCUAUUAGAGCUUAUGAAAUCUAGCCAGUAACGGCUUAUUUUUCGAUAUAGUUGGCUUUUUGGUAUACAUCCAGGAAGGGUAAUAGAAGUCAGGGUCUUGCUAUAACCGCUUAGCAAAGCAAAGAAAUGUUUUUGAUGGGUUCCUGUGGCUUGACUGAUCAACUUUAUCGCUCAUGUCUGACAAAGAUUUGCGGCACCGAUGCUGAUGGGAGAAUCGAGGUGCCCCGGGGGAGGGUAGAAUAAAACGGAUGGGUGGGAGAAAAUACGGUCGUCUUGGUGAAGAUGUCUCAAAAGCGUUGGUUGUCGGACCGGAGUUUCGGGGGGGCAUAUCUGCUAGGCCAAUCUAUGGUUUCGAGGGCAUGUGAUCUGGUACGUCAGGCGCUUUGUGUCUGAGUAUAUGGAGGAAAUCUUUGCGAAUAUCUGAAAAGUCGCUGGUUGUUGGUUUUUUUUUUGCUUUUUUUGUGGAAGAUAUGCAUGGACGUUUGGCCCGUUGUCGGAACGCACGUAUCGAGGACGGGUAUGACUAAUUCGCGGGAACAAGCGAAAGGAGGGGGUGGUGGGUACAGGUAGGCUCGAUUCAAUCGGUGGCGGGGCUUGAACCGAUUUGAAGAUGGGCGUCGGGAUGAUCCAAGUUGGGUUCCAUUAUCCAAAACAUAUAGAAAUCGAAUAAUCCCCGG